CUCCUGACAGAUGAAACCGAGUUUAGGAACUUUAUAGUCUGGCUAGAAGACCAGAAAAUCAGACACUACAAGAUUGAGGACAGAGGAAAUCUGAGGAACAUACACAGUGAUGACUGGCCCAAAUCCUUUGAGAAGUACAUGAAGGAUGUGAACUGUCCUUUUAAGAUGCAGGAACGACAGGAAACAGUGGAUUGGCUUCUUGGCUUGGCUGUUAGGCUGGAAUAUGGAGAUAAUGCUGAUAAGUACAAGGAUUCUACCCCUGAUGGUGCUAAAAAUACUGACAACACAGCCAAAAAUGCAGAACCACUGAUUAACCUGGAUGUGAAUAAUCCUGAUUUCAAGGCAGGAGUGAUGGCUUUGGCUAAUCUGCUGCAGAUUCAACGACAUGAUGAUUACUUGGUAAUGCUCAAGGCCAUUCGCAUUUUGGUUCAGGAACGCUUGACACAGGAUGCCAUAGCCAAGGCCAGUCAGUCCAAGGAGGGUCUGCCCGUGGCUCUAGAAAAGCACAUCCUUGGCUUUGACACGGGAGAUGCUGUUCUCAAUGAAGCUGCCCAAAUUCUCCGACUGCUGCACAUAGAGGAGCUCCGAGAGCUGCAAACCAAAAUUAAUGAAGCCAUUGUAGCUGUUCAGGCCAUUAUUGCUGACCCCAAGACUGACCACAGACUGGGCAAAGUUGGGAGAUGAAGGGAGGAAAGCUUUUAGCCUGGUGUGUAGUUAGAACAGUUAGGAACCACGUACAACUCUCCUCUGGCAUGCAGUUUGCAAUGGGAUUAUUUUACUGUUUGGAAAGCAAACAGGAAAUUGAAUUCUGACUUCUAAUGAAUUAGCUUUUUUUUUUCCUUGAAAUAAAUGAAAUUGGAGAAAAUAGACAAAUUGUUCUGAU